AUUUCAAUGGUUGAUAAUUUUGCCGAAGCGAUGAGGAAUGUACCAAAACAGGAACUAAUGGCUGAAAUUAUUCAUCGAUUGUUCCUAAUUGCGUUUACGACAAAUUCAAAAAUAUAUCUAGGAUGUAGCACAAAGAGCUGUUCCUCCAAAGCGCCUUUCUGCCAUAAUAAUCUUUGUCGCAAGAAUGAAGACUACGUUUGUAAGGCUAAACUUUAUUGCCCUGGCUAUCGCUAUUGUGGUCCAGAAGGAUACUGUAAAACGUGUCCUUUACAAGAUGGUUGCCUUCCCAACAAUGAUCCACUAGUUCUAUGA